CAGUGUUGCCGAUUCUGCCACGGGCCAAGAAGCUCGGCGCCGCCUCCCCCCAGGUCCCUGCCCCGCCGCGGAGCGUCACUUCCGCCACCCCCGGCUGGGGUUGGGGCGGGGAGCGCGGGGGAGGGGGUCACCAGGUCGGAGGGAAGGCCGUCGGAAGCCCGCGUCCUAGCAGGGACUACAUUUCCCGAGGGGCCUCGGCGGAGGCAGCGACAGGCGGGCGCGGCGACGUUCCCCGGAAGUGGAGCCCGGGACUUCCACUCGUGCGUGAGGCGAGCGGAGCCGGAGACAAGAGCAGAGGCCGAACUCGGGAUCUGACAAGAUGGCCGGGCUGCCCCGCAGGAUCAUCAAGGAAACCCAGCGUUUGCUGGCAGAACCAGUUCCUGGCAUUAAAGCAGAACCAGAUGAGAGCAACGCCCGUUAUUUUCAUGUGGUCAUUGCUGGCCCCCAGGAUUCCCCCUUUGAGGGAGGGACUUUUAAACUUGAACUAUUCCUUCCAGAAGAAUACCCAAUGGCAGCACCUAAAGUACGUUUCAUGACCAAAAUUUAUCAUCCUAAUGUAGACAAGUUGGGAAGAAUAUGUUUAGAUAUUUUGAAAGAUAAGUGGUCCCCAGCACUGCAGAUCCGCACAGUUCUGCUAUCAAUCCAGGCUUUGUUAAGUGCUCCUAAUCCAGACGAUCCAUUAGCAAAUGAUGUAGCCGAGCAAUGGAAGACCAACGAAGCCCAAGCCAUAGAAACAGGUACUUAAUAUCUAUUCUCUUUCACCUGCUCUGCUUUUCAA